ACUUAAAAUGUUGAAGGAUUUCUUACACCCGUUCUCCAACGCAGCGCACCGCUGUGCGUAACGCCACGCACAAAGGAGGCGUGAUGUGGUCUGCGGCCAGCCCUGGCAGGGCUAGAGUGUGUUAGGGUUGUAAAGGUCUUCCUCACCCAAAGCGCGCAGGAUACCGUGGACACAGAUAUUCACAGAAGAAGCCAGGUCAGACGACCCGACCGGCAAGGCUGCAACAUGCGCUCACAACUGCUCGCUGCGUUUCAGCCCCCCAGCGCACCUGGCGCGCCGCUUGGAUCAGUUUUAACGCGCUUACUUCUUUCACUCCGUCUAUUUUGCACUCCGGAUCAGGCUGUCAGCGGAUCGGGACAACGGGGGCAACCCGGUGAGUGGCUGAUAAUUGCUCCUGUCCCCGCGCACGGAGCAAUGUACUGUGGUUUUACUUGAAGAGACACAUGGAGAACCCAGCCAAAUAUAUCUCAUCGGUGCAGGGGAUUGACUCUGCGCCGGCACCCCUCGGAGAGAUUAUGAGGAACAGCACCGAAACGGAGGCGACAAACGACUGGAGGAAGGAUAUGGUGUUGCGCACAAUGACGGGCUGCCUACUGUGCCUGCUCAUCCUAUGGACUCUGUUGGGGAACAUCAUGGUUUGCGCCGCGGUGUUGCGCUUUCGGCACUUGCGGACCAAAGUCACCAACAUUUUUAUCGUCUCUCUGGCUCUGUCGGAUUUAUUCGUGGCUGUCCUUGUGAUGCCCUGGAAAGCUGUGGCAGAGAUGGCGGGGUACUGGCCGUUUGGCACUUUCUGUAAUAUUUGGGUCGCUUUUGACAUUAUGUGUUCUACCGCGUCCAUCCUCAACCUCUGCAUCAUAAGCAUGGAUAGAUACUGGGCAAUUUCCAGUCCCUUCCGCUACGAGAGGAAAAUGACCCAGCGAGUUGCCUUUGUUAUGAUAAGCAUCACUUGGACGCUGUCUGUGCUCAUUUCAUUCAUACCGGUCCAGCUAAACUGGCACAAAGCCAGCGGGGAGGACAUGACUGGGAUGGACAACUCUUCCUCUAUUCGGCAGGUGGAGGAAAACUGCGACUCCAGCCUAAGCAGAGAGUACGCUAUAUCCUCGUCUUUGAUAAGUUUCUAUAUUCCCGUUGCAAUUAUGAUUGUGACUUAUACUAGAAUAUACCGAAUUGCACAAAUACAAAUUAGAAGAAUAGCCUCCCUGGAGAGAGCGGCAGAGCACGCACAAAGUUGCAGGACUAACAGAAUAGAGUGCCAACACCACAACACCUUGAAAACGUCGAUUAAACGGGAAACCAAAGUGUUCAAAACUCUGUCGGUGAUUAUGGGUGUCUUUGUGUGUUGCUGGUUACCAUUUUUCGUCCUGAACUGUAUGGUCCCGUUCUGCGACAGACCGACCACAGACCGGGACGCUGGUCUGCCCUGCGUAAGCGAGACUACUUUUGACGUAUUCGUGUGGUUUGGCUGGACAAACUCCUCCCUCAAUCCCAUCAUUUACGCCUUCAACGCCGAAUUCAGGAAGGCCUUCGCGAGCCUGUUGGGCUGUCGCAAUUUCUGCUCUAACACUCCAGUGGAGACAGUCAACAUCAGCAACGAGCUGGUCUCAUAUAACCAAGAUACCCUCAUCCACAAGGAAAUCGCGAACGCCUACGUCAACAUGAUCCCCAACGUGGUUGAAUGUAUUGAGCACGAGGAGACUUUUGACAGGAUUUCACAGUUUUCUCACAACAACGAGAACGCCACCGACUCAAUUUGUGACUUGGAGGACUGUGAGGCAGACAUCAGCCUUGACACGAUGUCCCCGUUUACACCAAAUGGAUUACAUUGACUCCAACUUUGUCUCAACGUGCGUAAUUGGAUGUAUUGACAUCAAUUCCAUCGUCCAUUCUGCUCCUUAACAGUCCCAAAAGCUCCUGUCCACAUGGAGCCCACGUGUCAUGUUAUAGCCUACUGAGGGAUCUAUAGUGACUUGCUCAUGGACACUUCAGCAGGAUUCUGAAGCCACCAGGCAUAUUUCCUGCUGCCGGUUUGCGUUAUAAAUGACAUGUGAUGUUGUCGUCCUGUUCUGAAAAAAGUGAUGUGUAGGUGUUAAUUUAUAUGACAAGUAAAGUUUGUGUUCAUUUGUUUAAAGGUUCAGUGUAAUUGAAGCUGUUGUUUACUCGAAGGCAUUACUCGCAGCGUCCUUGUCUCAUCCGCUUGGAGGGGUGGAAAUGUUUGUAAAGAUUAACAUGAGGAACCAUAAUAUACAGAACUUUUGCUGCUUAUAAACCUCAUGUGCAUCCAGUGCCCACUUUCCAGUGAGUUUGAAAACUGAGGGCAGCCUUACCAAGAAAACAAAAUGCAGUCAUUUCAGCGCCUUACAGCUUUUUUUUCGAGUUUCGAGACAUGAAAAAGGAAUGUGUUGAAUAGAGAAUAGAUAAAUGAUGCCAAAAUGCAGUAUUAACGUGUUUACCCUCUGCACUCACCCCAGCGAUUACCCCAGCACACACACCUCAUCACCUCACUGAUUAUUAUUAUGCAGUUGGAUCAGGCUCAGAUGGCAGGAGCCUUUGAUGGAGCAUUUCACGAUGUGAAAAGGCACAAAGUCCUCUGCUUCAAACGCAUAAAAGUGAGCUUGUUUACACUGGAAUCGCUGAUCCAGAUUAAAGACUUUGUCUAAAACCCACAGAAUCGUUCUAGCCGUCAGAGUUGUAACUUUUGUAACUCAUUUCUCAUCGAGGCCAAAACUACUGAAUGGCUCUGCUUUGUCAGGUCAUAUUAAACUAGAGUAACAACAGAAGAGAAAAUCAUACAACAGUCUCACUUUUCAAAAGUUGACGAGAAAGCUUAAGUAAGUCACAAUCAAACUUCAGAGAAUAGCUCAUGGUAAGUUUACGAUGAAAUAUUGAUCUGACAUUUAAAAACAACAACUAUGGAAGGAGUAAGGAACAAACCAAAGUGAACUUAAAUACUGAUGAGUCAUUGUGCUUCCCUCAUAAUUACUCCCAGUGGAGGAUACUAUAAUAGGUCAUCAUGAAUUCCUAGCCAACAGACAAGGGAGCUACAUAUGAUUAAAUCAUUAGGUAUUGAUCAGCUCAUGGAUAUCAGUGAAUCCAUUUUAUUGAUCACUUUCCUCACGAGUUGCUUCUGAUUAACUCUGAUUGAACCAGGCACAAAAGUACUCAUUCUCACGUGAACAUACAUGUGUUUUUACACAUCUAAAGUACCAAUAUUUCUUACUGAGUAGUGACUGUGUAGUCCAUCAUUUCUUAACCAAUGUCUUUGGAGUAUGCACUUCUGUGGUAGCCCUUUAAUUAAUAGGAGCAUCAUCCUGAGAUGUCCGUAAUUACACCACUAAAAUGCUGCCAUGUGUGAGAACAAUCCAUAAUGGAAACAGGAUUUCUCUGUUUAAAUAAAAAAAAAAAACAUAUUCCUGAAAUUGUACAGAACUUUUUAUUUUAAAUACAAACUUCAAGCAGCUAUUGCUAUAAACACAGCAGCUAAACAUUCAGAAGAUUGUUUAACAAUUUGGGUCAACGGUGAUCAUAAUGCUCAGUAUGAAGUUUUGUUUUCACAAAGGCAUAAAGGAAUAAUUGGAUAUUUAGCUCAAGUCUGCCUGUUGCCUUUUUCUGAACUAAAAAAGGAAAUGAUAGGAAUUUCUGAGUGAAAACGUGUCAAAUCAAAAGUCAUCUCUCCAUAAUGAAGACAGACAUCUACUUCAUUUGCAUUGAUUUAGGAAUGACUAUCAAAACCACUGAUAAUAGGGCAUUAGCUUGUAAGCUAACCUUAGCUAAAUAGAACUCAGAUUAAGGGAAAAUUUAAAACUAUCGAAAAAACUCUCAGUGCCCAGCUGUCAUGUCAAGGAAAGCAUGCAGAAAAAAAUUGGAUUUGUACACACUGACAUGCCCACCUCUAAAGUGCGAGAGAUCAGAGGUUACACAAGAUGUGUUACCAAAGAUCAAGUCACAAUUGUGUCAAGUUAUUAUAACUUACAGACACAAACUCCUAAAACAUCACCUCAUGACUCUGCGACCAGCCAGUUUGAUGCAGCCACGUACAAGUAACGUAGGACUGCUUAAAAAACAGUAUCCUAACUCAUGAAUGAUCUUAAACUUGUUUUGUGAUUUUUAACUGGUUGUUUCAGAACUUAAAGUACUGAAAUGAUUCAUCAAUGUUCUAGUUCUUAUUGGUUUGUUCCUUAAGUUUUCACUAAUUAACGGAUCGUUACGUUAUCAGUUACAUACUCAAACUUGAUCAUGAUUAACUAACAUAAUUAAAUUCAUGUUUUUUCUCGAGUUUCAACUCAAAAUAAAAUAGAAAGUACCCUGACCAAAUUGUCAGGACUGUCCUGAAUGACCAAAGAUGUCUGUAGGAGUGAAUCAAUAACACAGACACAAUAAGGCUAACAUGUUUUGUCAACUAGAAUGAUUGUUGCCAUGGAAAUCUCCCAGUCACCUGCAGGCCACUGGGCCAACACAUCUGGAUGUCGUACAUCACCUCUCCCACACCUCUCUCUAUCUUUGUACUGUACAGAUGACCUGAUCUGAAUGUAUAUGGAUGUCCUUCAAAGUGUGAAAUGUGUCAUCAUUUGUCUAAUAAAAUGCUGUCAUGCUGA